CAAUUUCCAGAAUCCAAUCAACAACAACCUCUACUGAUAUCACCUGACAACUCGAGUCAUCCUGAUUACUGUAAGAUGGGUGGCGGCCGUAAAGGACUACUGGCCAGUGUCCGCACUUAUCCACCAGGGGUAUUUUUCAUGCUGGGCAAUGAGUUCUGCGAACGUUUCAGUUUUUAUGGCAUGCGAGCCAUCUUAAUGCUAUAUCUUAUCAUCGAACAUCAUUUCAGUGAAAGUCAGGCAUCGCUUUUCUACCAUUCAUUCAUUGCACUUGCAUAUAUCUCACCUUUGCUCGGUUCCAUUGCCGCGGAUAACUAUUUCGGUCGAUUUCGAGUGAUACUUUGGAUGUCUGCUAUUUAUGUGAUCGGUCAUAUAUUGUUAACAGUUGGUGCAAUACCAGAACUCGAGCGAACUUUUCGUUUAAUAUUCGAUUUCGGUGGACUAGCUAUCAUCGCUUUUGCUACUGGUGGUAUUAAACCUUGUGUUUCUGCAUUUGCUGCUGAUCAGUUUGACGAAAAACAAGUGUAUGAAAGGAAUCAAUUCUUCUCUUUUUUCUAUUUCGCUAUCAAUGCUGGUUCCUUGCUGGCAAUUUUACUGACACCUAUAUUAAGAGGACGAGUGAAAUGUUUUGGCUCCGAAUAUUGUUUUCCAUUGGCGUUUGGUGUACCCGGUGUACUAAUGUUGCUGGCCUUCAUACUGUUUCUGGCCGGCUGGAGAUAUUAUAAAAUAGUGCCACCUGCAAAAGGUAACAUCGUUUUCAGUGUUGUCUGCUGCAUUUGUUAUGCAGCUCGAAAAAAAAUCUGCAGCUUUAUGAGAGGUGGACAGAAAGUUGAGCAUUGGCUCGAUUAUGCUGCACCCAAGUAUAGCAGUAAUUUCUUGGACGCUGUCAAAUGCUUGGUGGAUGUUUCAGUUCUAUUUGGACCAGUUGUACUGUUUUGGGCAUUGUUUGAUCAGCAGGGAAGCACAUGGGUAUUGCAAGCUUGUCGCAUGAAUGGUCGUGUUGGACCAUUUAUGAUACUACCAGAUCAAAUGAAUAUCUUGAACCCGCUCUUUGUCCUUAUCACAGUGCCUAUGUUUGAAGCAUGGGUCUAUCCAUUAGUUCAAAGAGUUUGCAAAGUAACACCUCUUCGGAAAAUGGCUACCGGUGGUUGUCUUGCAGCUUUAGCCUUUGUUAUGGCUGGACUAUUGCAAUUAGAAGUGAACAAAACGAUGGAACCGCAUCCGGAACGUGGCAGAGUGAUUUUGCAAACAUUCGGUGAUUCUUCGCAUUCUUACGAAAUCAACGGAACAAAGCUUACUUAUGGCAAGACCGAUUUACCAGAAGGCCUUUAUACCGUAACAUCGAAUUCGAUCGAAAAUGUGCAAAGCUUCCAACUGAAUUUGUCAAGCUCUGAAUCUGGAUAUGUUCUCGGAUUAUUUGAGUCAUCUCGAAAUAAGAGUAUCUUUUCUUCUUUUCCCUAUAAUUGUGAGAAAACCGAAAACGGUGGAAUUCGAUUGUAUCUGCUGGUUGCAGGCGAUUCCAUUCUAGCGAACGGAAGUUUUUACAUUGUUGAUAGUCAUGGGAACAUUCAUCAGAAAGCAGUUCUCAGAUCAGGUCAACAUUUGGAUAUCCACCCCGCACUAAUCAGCUCACCAGAAUAUGUGUUAAAAAUUGGUCCUGGUAAUUGCGCGGUAACUGAUUGUCCAUUCAAUUAUACCAUUUAUGCGGAAGCUGGUGGUGCACAUGUAGUAUACAUCACGGAGAAUGACAUUGAUCUCUAUACUGUUGUCAGGCCAAAUACAGUCAAUAUACUUUGGCAACUACCUCAAUUUUUUGUCAUAACAAUUGGUGAAGUGUUAUUUUCGGUAACUGGUUUGGAAUUUUCAUACUCUCAAGCACCACCAAAUAUGAAAUCUGUAUUACAGGCCAUUUGGUUGAUGACCGUAUUCCUGGGUAAUGUGAUAGAUAUGCUAAUUUCCGGAUCGCACAUUGUUGCUGAGCCGGCUACCGAAUUUUUCAUCUAUGCCUUUAUGACAGUUAUUGUAAUUGGAUUAUUUAUCGCACUUGCAAUUGGACAUCACUAUAAUAACUAUACAGAAGAUGGAGUUGCACGGAUGGAAUAUAUCGAAAAACCGCUAUCUAAGGGAAAUGGAACGACGAGUAACAUGCCUUCUGACAAUACUCUAUCAUAACAUCAGAGUUAAAUUGUUUUAAAUGCCCAAAAUUCACAAAAUUAGAAGAUUUGAAAUCAGAAAGAACUGUUAUUAAUAGGAUAUGAUUAGAUAUGGUCAAUUUGGGUUUAACCCUCUUGUCAUACCAGUCUCUGUUCUAUGUUGAAAAACCGUAUUACCAUUUGCGCUAAAUUUUUCCUUUAGAAAAGAGGGGAAGAAUUUUUCAACUAUUUUAUGAAUUGCUCUUGAAAUGAUUCAAUUUCUUGGUUAUAUAAUAAGUAUAGUUCGUGCCAAAAGAAAUAUCGAAUUUAUGUCAUUAU